UCAUAUCAGCAUUAUAAUCAAUCAUGGGAAAAACCACACAAACAAUGACAAAAGAGGAUGAUGAGGAAAUUGUUUUCCGAAGCCGUUACCCGUCUGUCCCUAUUCCCGACAACCUCACGUUGCCGGAAUUCGUACUCAAGGAUGCAGAAUUGUAUGCCGAUCAUGUAGCAUUUGUGGAUGCCGCAACCAAACGGUCAUACACUUAUGGUGAAGUUGUUAGGGAUGUUCAAAGGUUUUCCAAGUCAUUGAGAUCUCUGGGGUUGAGAACCGGCCAUGUGGUGGUCGUUGUACUCCCAAAUGUUAUUGAAUACGCGAUUGUGGCUUUGGGCAUAAUGGCUGCGGGUAGUGUGUUUUCGGGUGCAAAUCCGUCAAGCCAUUCAUCUGAAAUCAAGAAACAAGUCGACUUAGCUGAAGCCAAACUUAUUGUAACCGAUGAUCAUACUUACAAUAAGGUGAAGGAAGUAGGAUUACCGGUGAUAAUAAUCGGAGAAGAAAGAGUAAACGGCACCAUCUUUUGGAGCGAAUUACUGGAAGCAGCGGAACGAGCAAGCAGCACCGGAAUCCAAAACACAGUAACACAAAAUGACCUUUGUGCCCUUCCAUUCUCCUCCGGUACCACCGGACUUUCAAAAGGAGUAAUGCUAACUCACCGGAACAUCAUCGCAAACCUCUGCUCAACUCUCUUCAGUGUGGGCCCAGACCUCAUCGGAAAAGUCACCAUCCUAGGGCUAAUUCCGUACUUUCACAUCUACGGCCUCACCGGAAUAUUGUGUGCCACCGUUAGGAACAAAGGAAAGGUGGUGGUUAUGGGGAGGUAUGAUCUAUCGACGGUUUUGAAAGCGUUGAUUGAGCAUGAAGUUACUUUUGCUCCCAUUGUGCCACCGAUUUUGUUGGGGUUGGUUAAGUAUCCGAUUGAUGAAGAUCUUGAGAAGCUUAAGGUUAGUGCUGUUAUGACAGCUGCUGCGCCUCUUGCUCCCGAGAUUUACGAGGAGUUUCACCGAAAGUUUCCACAAAUUGAGAUUCAAGAGGCAUAUGGGAUGACAGAACAUAGUUGCAUAACCCUAACCCAUGGAGAUCUGAGAAAGGGUCAUCACACGUCCAAAAAGCGAUCGGUCGGUCACAUACUCCCGAAUCUAGAAGUGAAAUUUGUUGAUCCAGAUACAGGUCGAUCUCUACCUUCAAACACUCCUGGAGAAAUAUGUGUUCGAAGUCAGUGCGUCAUGAAAGGUUACUACAAGAAUGAAGUUGAAACAGCUCAAACAAUUGACGAACAUGGGUGGCUUCACACUGGCGAUAUAGGGUACAUUGAUGAUGAAGGCGAUAUGUUCAUCGUUGAUCGUAUGAAAGAGUUAAUCAAGUACAAAGGAUUUCAAGUUGCACCGGCAGAAUUGGAGGGAAUACUUUUAGGACAUCCUUCCGUUGAAGAUGCCGCGGUUGUCGGGUUGCCUGAUAAAGAGGCAGGGGAAAUACCAGGGGCACAUGUGGUAAUUAGCAAAGAUGCAAAAGAGACCGAAGAAGACAUAAUGAAGUAUGUUGCUAAUAGUGUAGCACAAUACAAGAAGGUGAGGGUGCUUCAUUUUGUAGACAAAAUACCCAAAUCACCCUCGGGAAAAAUUAUGAGGAGGCUCAUCAAAGAGAAGAUGUUGGAGGAUAUUUCCAAAUCACAAUAAACUAAGCGCAAAGUACAACCUUUAUUGCAGGAAUAAAAAGGUCUCAUACCACCUACCAUUAUGUCAUGUUUUCUUACCAAAAUGUAUUAGACUUCUUCAAGGCUAUUUCUUCCAUGUAUCAAAACAAUAGAAAAUGGGGAAAACAAUAAUUUUUUAGGUGUA